UCAAUCAAACACAAGAACCAAAAUUUUAACUACUAUUACAUACCAAACACAUAACAAACCAAAACACUAUUUUUUUUUUCUUUUCUCUCUCAAAUUUUUCAUUUUCCUAUGGCAACAACAACAAAGAAGAACAAAAAUUUUCUUUUCUUAGGUGGAAAAGACAAAAUUACCCCUCUACCUUCAUGUGCCAAUACUCUUCAGUUUGAAUUUGAUGAAGCUGAAAUGUGGAGUAAUUCAGAAGAAACUCAUUAUUACGAACCCAAGUUAUCGAUACCAAGAAGAAAAUCGACGAAAAAGGAGGGAAAAAAGGUGAUUAAUGCCACGUCAUUACCGGUUAAUGUACCUGAUUGGAGGAAAAUAUUAGGUGAUGAUAAGGGUAAUUUUGGAAAAAAUAUUGUUUACAACGACGAUGAUGAUGAUGGAGAUUAUGAUAACGAGAAUAAAAUACCACCACAUGAAUAUUUAGCAAGAACAAGAGUUGCUUCAUUUUCAGUACAUGAAGGUAUUGGAAGAACAUUAAAAGGAAGAGAUAUGAGUAGGGUGAGAAAUGCUAUUUGGAAAAAAAUUGGUUUUGAAGAUUAGUUAUUAAUAUUAUAAUCUUUAUUAAUUAGUAGUGAAUUUGUUUUUUUUUUUUUGUUUUACUACAAGCCUUCUGUCUCACGCAUCUAAUCAAAACUUGGUUCUACCGACUAGACUAACUGAGUGAUCCAGUCGAUAUAGAGGUGCGGUUGAAGUGGAGUUGUGCUAUUGGGGGUAAUUAUGUUUUCUAUUUUUUAAUAUUGGAUUAAUGGGUUAGUUUUUUUUUUUUUGGAUUAAGUUUUGGGGUGGUUUAGAUUAAAUCUUUGUUAUUUGAUGUUCAUCUUUUAGUUGUGAACUUCAAUUGCAGAGGGUUUAAUGUAAGAUUGUGUUUAUUAGAUUUUUGCAGAAUACUAUUAGAGUUUCUAAUUAGUACGUAGUAUUUUGAACUUGAUGGAGUUCUUGGGAUUUGUAUUGUAUUUGUAGUAUUUUAUCAACUAUGUAGUAAUUUACUUUAA